ACUCGGGAGUGUAUCCUUUGCUCGAGUCAAGGUCUAUAGAAAGAAAUGAAAAUAUUCACAUUAAUUUUGAGUCAUUUUGGAGAAAAAUUAGCAUGAUUUAAUCAUUCAGUUUUUGCUGUCUUUUCUGUUUUAUUUUCAUUGUCAGUGAGAGUGGUGUAACUUAUGAAAUUCUAAGAGGAGGUACACAGAAGGGCGCUGAUAAAAUGAUUGACAGCUUAGGAUUUACCUAUACUGUUAAGAAGCAAGGAAGAGGUAACAAGAACCUGACAUACUGGUGGUGCGCUAUACGUAACACUCAUUUAAGAUGUCCAGCAUCGGUCGUACAACGUGGUAAUGUGUUCAUUAGAGGGAAGAGGAAGCAUGAGCAUCUAGUCGGACAAUCUACACCUAAACCUUCAAUACACGGUGCCGUUAAACGAACACCAGUUGGGCGACCUCCAGGCUCUUCAAAGUUAUCAAUGCAGCCAGCUAAAAAAUCUAAUACCAGCACGCCGAACUACAGGAUAAUAAAGGAAGGAUCUAAAGCUGGGAAAGAUCUACUUAAAGAUCGAUUUGGCUACACAUAUACACAGAAAAAGGUAAUGAAGUUAUGUUUGCAUCAUUUCCUUCUUCUUUGUUUUGUAGGGGUGAGGUAUAGGUAUCAACUGAAGCAUAAUUGAUGAAUAUAAUUAUGA